AUGGCGGUAUGCGACAAGUGGGUCGCGCUCAAGAUAGUGGAAUUCUUGAUGUGCGUUGCCUGCCUGGUGACAAAGAGGAUUUCAACGGAUGACGAGGCACGGCUAGCGUUGCUGCUGCAGAAGUUUUCGAGGGAGUGGUCGCUGCUCACCUCCGUUACGUGGGACUCAGUUGGAGGUGCCUUCGCUGACGCUGUGUAUGGAGGUUAUGUUAUAAUAACAUUCGGCUUAAUAGUAGCACGAGUCUUUCAAGAGAUUCCGAGAGGGAGGCGAAUAUUGGAAGGAAUCUUUCUUGGAUUUGGUAUGCUGUUCUUCCUUAUUCUUGGUGGACUAGAAUUGGCUUCUUUGGACUCUAUCCCGAAUAAUCUAGUGGUGAACGCUUCAGUUCUGGGAACAUUCUCACUAAUAGUGGCUGCGCUCUUUUUGCUAGACCUUAUGGGUCCAAGGGUGUACUUUUCCAGUCAUCACUCACAGACCGAUCAUAUCUCCUCUCCAAAAUUGGAGAAAAAAGUUUCUAUUAUAACCCCACCGGUUAGCAACGGAAAUUUAACCAAUGGAAAACCAAAUGGUCACAUUCAAGCUAACAGACCUAAAGACUUAGACUUGGAAAAGAAUAAUACUGAAGAAGUUAAAAAGAAAGAAGAAACCGACUUAUUUGACUAUCCUAAAAACGGUUCGACGAAAUUUGAUGAAGUCAUCGAGAAAGAGUUAGAGAAAUCUAAAUUUGGUUCAUUGCGGAACGGUGUCGAAAAUGAAAAUUAUGUCAAAUUAUCAGAUCCACUUACAGAAUCCGAUCGACUCCAUUACGAAAGGGAGCUCGCCAAAUUUAACGAAAGAUAUUUUAGAGACUACUUAGAUAGAAUAGAAAGAAAAUUGUCUGUUAAAGAGGACUACUUGCCAGAGCUACAGACUCCCGUCUUCUCGAAAGUGAAGACUGGUAGGCUGAAAAGUUUGUACGACGAUGAAUCGCCAACUUACGAACAGAAACGGCAAUCGAAAUCUCCUUCUAGAGCUAAAACGGUUUCAACACCAACAUUGCAACAGUUGGAAGAUUAUCUUCGGGGCUCUACGAGGUCCAGGAGGUCUGAGACACCUGCAUUAUUUCCCAUGGAACCGAUCGAAGAAAGAGAUAGGGAAGGGACAGAGUUGGAUGGUCGUGCGUCUGGUACUCCCACCGAUCCCGGAUACGUUCAAUACACAGCCGACCGAUGGCCUGAUAAAAGAGAAGUAAGGACACCAAGACACAGUCCAACUUGA